GGUGGAUUGAAUAUACUUAAAUUCUGUAUUAUGAGAAUAAAACGAUGUAGAGAAUUAGAGAAUAUCUUCUUUACAUCGUGGAGAUAAACAAUAAGCCUCGCGGCCGACAAAUCAUAGUAUAAAUUAGAAUAUUUUUUUUUAUCCUUAUCAAUUACUAUUUAAUAUUAUUAUUGUUUGUUAUAAUUCAUGUAUAAUAUUAGAUAAUAAAAUAAUAUCAAUAUAAAAAUAUGUUUCGUAAUAUAUUUUAGUUAUAGGCUUAUAGCCGUAUUUGAAAUUAAUAUAUAUAUAGUGGUUGGCCAAGUUGGAACUUUACGACUUGGAAACACAUAGUUUACCUCAACUAAAAUGAAACCAGUCCAAAUAACUACAAUAAAAAUGAAAAAUUUUAAAUUAUUUUCAAAUUCAAAUAAACGUUUAUAUAGUAAAUGCAAGACAAACAGUUAUGAUGUACUUGUUGUGGGAGGAGGUAUUGUUGGAUUUGCUACUGCACGAGCAUUAUUAUCACGCAAUAAACAUUUACAUGUAGGUCUUGUAGAAAAAGAAAAUAGGCCUUCAGUUCAUCAAAGUGGACACAACAGCGGAGUUAUACAUGCAGGUAUUUAUUAUAAACCAGGCACAAUGAGAGCAAAAAUGUGCAUUGAAGGUCUAUAUAAAACUUAUGAAUACUGUGCUAAAAACAAUAUACCGCAUAAAAAAUGUGGAAAACUCAUUGUUGCCACUAACGAGUCUCAAAUAAAAAGUUUAAAUGACUUAUAUGAGCGAGGAUUAGAAAAUGGUACUCCUGACAUAAAAUUGAUAAACGGAAAUGAUAUUAAGACCAUUGAACCAUAUUGUAAUGGUGUACGGGCAAUUCAUUCACCACACACAGGAAUUGUGGAUUGGGCAGUAGUGACAAAACAUUAUGCAGCAGACUUUAUAAAUUUAGGAGGUCAAAUAACUUACAAUUUUAAAGUGAAAUCAUUUGAAGAAUGUAAACAUAACAGAGCAGUCAGAAUAAUUUCUGAAAAAAAUAAAGAAAUAUUAGCAGAUUAUAUCAUCACGUGUGGUGGACUACAAUCAGAUGAAUUAUCAUUGAUGACUGGAUGUCAACCUGAUCCAUACAUUUUACCAAUACGUGGAGAAUAUCUUUUACUUGGCAAAGAAAAAGCACACCUCGUUAAAGGCAAUAUUUAUCCAGUGCCUGAUCCUAGUUUACCAUUUCUUGGAGUACAUUUUACUCCAAGAAUGGAUGGCUCUGUUUUUUUGGGUCCAAAUGCAGUUCUGGCUCUAAAACAAGAAGGAUACAGUUGGGGCGAUGUAAGUUUUUCCAAUACAAUAAGGCUUUUAAAACUGGAUGGAGUACAAAAGCUAAUGGCUAAACAUAUGAAAUUUGGUAUUAAUGAAACAAUCAAGUCAUUAUUUCCUGCCAUGCAGCUAAAAGAAAUACAAAAUUACAUUCCAGAUAUCAAACAAAAUGAUAUUAAUAAAGGUCCCACGGGUGUUCGUGCUCAACCACUGUGGGCAGAUGGAACAAUGGCAGAGGAUUUGGUGCUCGACAUUGCAUCAAAUGAUCCUUCAGAUUUAGUGAAGCAUAGAAUAAUGCAUUGUCGAAGUGCUCCAUCACCUUCAGCUACAUCGUCAUUACCAAUUGGUGAAGUAAUUGUGGACAAAAUGUUUGCAAAAUACCCACGUUUAAGUCUUAUACCAAAUUAAGUUACCAAUCAAUAUCUAUAAUGUAUUUGAAACUUGUGUCGUAUUCAACAUAAUACAUUUGAGUGAUAAUAGUUUUAUUAUGAGAUCUUAAGUUAAAUAUAUAGAAGUGAGGUCUCAUUUAGUAAAGUUUUUAAAUAUCUACAUUUAUUUAAAUCUCUUAGAAUAAUCUAACCAAAUAGACUAAUUUUUAUAAAUAUUAAUUAUCAAAAUCAUAUUAUUACCAGAAUAAAUAUGAAAAUAAUAACAUUCAA